AUGUCUUAUAAAUUGUAUAUUUUUUUAUGUUUCUUAACACUGUGUGAGUCUCUUAGAAUACGGAGAGAGCAAGAAACGAGUGAGCUUACAAAGGUUACUGAAAGCUAUGUAAUCUAUCACAAUGGGCAAAACGUCUCACAAUUAUUAUUUUUGUACCUCACUUCACAGUUGAAUUCUUAUGAACUAGCUUAUACUGCACUGCAUUAUCAUUAUAUUUACGAUCAAAUCCGAAAUUAUUGUAAUGAGGUAGCUGAAUUCGACGACAUUGAGGAUAUUUAUUAUGAUUUGGAAAAAUCAAGUCCAACUUUCAACAAUGAAGGAGACAGUGAUGAAGUUACGGAAUCGUCGAAAGCGAACAUUGUUGGAUUGAGCGAUCUUGCACCCAGCUUACACGCUCAAAAAAUGAUACUUGUUAAUCCGAAUCAUCAUCCUUGGGUAUCUGCUCUUACUUUACUGGACUCAAUAUUGGAGUUUUUUGAUUCUACUUCCAAAUCUAGGAAGAAUAUAGACUAA